AUGGCUACUACUUCAUCCAUUGACAUCACGAAUGCUAGCAUUAGCCAAUUACAAGAUGCCUUGAGCACCGGAGCAACAACAAGCGUUGAGCUUGUUGCACGUUUCCUCCACCGCAUCGGGAAAUACGACUUUCGAGGACCCUCUCUGAACUCCAUCUGUGUCCUGAACCCAGACGUAUUCAAAGAAGCCCAGAACUCAGAUGAUUACCGCGCAUCAGGCCAUCCUCCGCGAUCACUGGAGGGCAUUCCAUUUACUCUCAAGGACAGCUUCUCAGUCAAGGGGCUAACCGUGGCGGCUGCAUCACCCGCCUUCAUUGACUUGGUAGCGUCAUCCGAUGCAGCAGUCGUCGAGUCACUUCGCGCGGCCGGCGCCAUCCUCAUCGGCAAAACCAACAUGCCCCCCAUGGCCGAUGGAGGAAGCCAACGAGGCGCCUACGGAAGGUCGACCAGCCCCUACAACCCGGAGUACCUUCCCACCAGCUUUGCCUCCGGCUCCUCCUACGGCUCCGGCGUAGCGACCUCUUGCAGCUUCGCCCCGAUCGGCCUCGGCGGCGAGACAGUUUCCUCAGGGCGCGCCCCGGCUUCACACAACGCGCUAGUCGGCUACUCGCCGUCCCGAGGCGUCAUCCCGGCCCGCGGCCAGUGGCCCCUGUACCCGACCUGCGACGUCGUCGUCCCGCACGCCAAGUCGAUGGAAGACCUCUUCGCCAUCCUCAACGCCAUCGUCAACGACGACCCCGAGCCCUCAUCCGCCGGCGACUUCUGGCGGUCCCAACACCACGUCCCCAUCCCGCCCAGCUCCUCCGUGCGGCCUGCGGACUACCUCACCCUCGCCGACCCCACCGCCCUGCGCGGCAAGCGCAUCGCCGUGCCAAAAUGCUACAUCGGGCAACCAACCACCACCGGCAACACCGCGACCAUCUCCCCCGCCACCCUCACCCUCUGGCACCGCGCCGCCGCCGACCUCGCCUCGCUCGGCGCCACCCUCAUCUACGUCGACGCCUUCCCCCUCGCCGACAACUACGCCCGCCAACUCUUCCCCGGCCAAGCCGCCAACGUGCCCGGCGUUCCCGCGUCCUGGAUCGACGUCGAGCGCUGCGAGCUGAUCGCCGUCGCGUGGGACGACUUCCUGCGGCGCAACGCCGACCCCAACAUCCCCAGCCUCGCCGCCGUGGAUCACACGCGCAUCAACCCCGGCUUCGCGCCCAUGGACGACCCGUCCGCCUUCACCGAGACGCAGAACCACGUCCGGUACGCGGAGAUGGUGGAGUUUGUGCGGACGCGGCGGCCGGACAGCGUGUACGACCUGCCCGGCUGCGCCGACGCGCUGCGGGCGCUGGAGGCGGCAAGGAAACGCGAUUUGGAAGACUGGAUGGACGCGCACGGCUUCGAUGUGCUGGCUUUCCCGACGAACGGCGACGUGGGGCGCGCGGAGGCGGAGGAAGAUGCCGAGGCGAUGCGGGACGCGCUGCGGGAGGGCGUGAAGUAUUCGAAUGGCGGUCGUGCGUUGAAGCAUCUCGGUGUGCCGGCGGUGACGGUGCCGAUGGGCGUGCUGGCGGAUAAGCAGAUGCCGGUGGGGAUAACGUUUGCGGGGAGGGCGUAUGGGGAUAACGAGUUGUUGCGGUGUGCGUAUGCGUAUGAGAGGGCGACGGGGAGGAGGGGGACGGGGUCGCCGCCGCUGGCGCCGGGGUUGGAGACGGAUGUUGUUGUGCUGGGGGGCGCCGGGGUUGUGGGGUCGGAGAAGCCGAGGGUUGUGGUUGAGUGGAGUGAUGUGACGAAGAGGUCGGAUGAGGGGGGCGAGAUUCGCAAUGUGUCGCUUGGUGGCACGGUGCGGUGUGAAGGCUCUUCGGUGGCGAUUGAGAGCAUGAAGGCGUUUGUGAAUGGAGAGGAGUCGGCAGCGGUCACGCUGAAGGGGGAGAGCUGGGAGUGGAAUGCCCAGCUGAAGCGACCGCAUGUUCGCGACAAGUAUCCGACGCCUGGGAAAAUUCCGAGGGAUCAGUUCAUGAUUGUCUUCCUCGCCAGAGCUUCCAACGGCAGAUCGACCGGGAUUCUGUUGCUUGAAGAUUAG